UUUAUUCUUUGGAAUGCUGCCUAGUUGAGUCAUGUGUUUGCCUGGUUUGGCUUAUCAAUAGCAGGCGACUGCAUAUUCAUCUCUAAGCACUCUAAGUAUACUGAUCAGUCCCUGGAGCCUAGUCUACAAUCCAACUGUGUACCCGUGGAGUUCAAUUUUAUUACUGCAGGACAGAUGAGAAGCUCAAGUUUUAUCCAUUGUAAACAGGGAUAUUGUUUGAUCUUGCGUGAGGAUAUAGACCAGGUGGACAUCGAGGGGGAUUCCUCUCUGUUGCUGUAGCGAAGGAGUGAAACUGCAACUCUCCAGCAUGAAUCUAUGAAUGGUUGGAAACAGCAGUUUGUUGUAAGAUUUGAUCUGAUCCUGGGGAAGUUCAUCCCCCCUGUUGCCCUCCCUCUGACAUAUCACAAGAGUAUUGUUCAGGUUCUUCAGAGCUGUGAGAGUGGUUGCAGUGACAUCUUUGACUGAAUCAGGGGAAGACGAGGAACCUUCACUGACGGUAGCACCAGAUCGCUGCAGGGAGAGAGAGAGGGAGAGACAACAACAAAGAUGUCGGCUAAGGCUCCUAUCUACCUGAAGCGGACCAACCGGAAAGGAAAGAAGGAAAAAUUGCGCGACAUCUUGUCUUCCGACAUGAUCAGCUCACCACUCGGAGAUUUCCGCCAUACCAUUCACAUCGGGAGCGGGGGAGAGGACGACAUCUUUGGCGACAUUUCCUUCCUGAAAGGCAAGUUCCACCUCCUCCCGGGCAAGCAGGGAGGCACGUUGUCGGGGAAGGCCAGUCGGUAUAUGUCCUAUGAGUUCACCAGGACUGCCAGCCUGCACGGUGAGCAGCAGCAGCAGCAGCAGCAAUCUUCACCCCUCUUGAAGAACGCCAUCUCUCUGCCGGUGAUAGCGGGCCCUCAAGUUGCCACCCAGCCUGUGGCCGAGGCACCCCCCAAACCACCCAGGCUGCACUUGGACGAUAAGGACGGAGAGCCCCCAGCCAAGGAGACGGCGUCGAAGGGAAGCCAAGAGCCAGGGCAAAUGGGCAAGGUCCAGGCCCCUCCAGACUCUGGCCUCAGCAGCGGACAGUCAGAGGCUAACCAACUUUCUCAAGAUGAUCAGAGAACCACCAACCACGUCCACUCAAAGAUAGACUUUGUCAUGAAGGAACAUCCUGAGAGGAGCCUGCUUUCCAACGCCGUCUCCCUCCUGUCCCUUCACCUGGACCUGGGUCCAUCUAUCUUAGACGAUGUGCUUCAGAUCAUGGACAAAGAGCAGGACAUACGGCCCAACAUGGCUUCCCUGGAAUCCAGUCCUAGGUGUGAAAUCCUUUCCUUUCAGUAGGAGCCCCUACUUGUUUGGGGCGG